AUUCUUCUCUCAAUUGUCGCAAAAAGAAAAGAAAAAAAAAAUGAAAGGAAGAUCUGGGGCGAUUCGGGGAUGUUCUCAAUUGGGAUUGAGGAAGGGGAAGGGGAAGGGGAAGGAGACGAAGGUGUGUGGGUUAUCGUCGUUGCCAGAUGAGAUGGUUUGGAACUGCCUGGCUAAAGUAUCGAGAUGGGACCUGGCGGCCUUCGGUAUGACCUCCAAGGCACACCGGUAUUUCGCAAUCUCUCCUUAUCUCUGGGACUGGAGAUGCCGGAUGGGUCGCCUGGAGCCAUCUUACUACAUGUGCUUGCACAUAUUUCCAGAACCCAUCCCACGGUGGUUCAUCCUCCACCCGGUUCAACGUCUGCUGAAACCGAUCGACUCGUACGCGUAUCAGUCUCCAGAAUCAGGAUCCUCUUUCGUGGUGGUGGCUUGGCGUAUAUUUAUCAUCGGGGGACUCGUAGACGGCAAACCCACAUCGGAAGUCGCGGUGUUCGAUUGUUUCGAGCAUAAGUGGUACAAACUCCCCCCCAUGAAGAUGCCUCGUGCUUACGCCUCAGCAAGCAUGAUAGACAACAAGAUAUACGUGUUUGGAGGGUGCGGAGAUGACUCAAACUGGGCUGAGGUAUACGAUAUCGCCACCUGUACUUGGGAUUUCUUGUGUGUGCCAACUCGGCCAAAGAAUAUCAAACAAAGCGUGGUGAUAGACAAAAAGGAGGUUUACGCAGUGGAUGAGGAUGGUCAAAGCUUCUCCUUCUCCCCAAGCAAACUGUUUGUGUCAUGCGGCUUAAAAACAGAUUCUUCUAAGCCAGGUGACAGAGACGACUGGUGUUUGAUUAGAGGAUUCUUAUUUUCCCCUGGUCCCCGCGGGACAAUACUGUGGUGUUUGCCACACGAGUUGGAUUGGAAGGAAGUCAAGGGUUUGGAAGAGCUGCAAAAACAACAUCACCAUCUUGCUGAAUACGGUAUCAGCAAACUCUCCACAACCUAUGCAAAUUCCUACCUUGUCAUCUUCUGGAACGCCCAGCCUGCUGAUAGUUUGGAGCUUUGGUCCGCCCACAUUUUCCUCGGUAAAAUUGGACCAGAGGUUUGGGGAAAGAUUCAGUGGUCCGGUUCUGUCUACAAACUCGACUACCCUCUCACAGACUCAAAUAGAGUUAAGGUCGUGUUUGCUGGUACUGCCUUUACUUGAUCAUGUUCUUAAUUACUCCUUGUUUCAAACUAUAUAUAUUUAUUGAUACCAUCUCUGACUCAUUGACGGGGGAUCUAAGUUGUUUUUUUAAAAAAAAAAUUUAUAUAUUUUGCAA